AAAGUAUACAAUUUCAUUUCAGGUGUAGCUAUGGAGUGGCUAUACUGGCUAUACUGGUUGUUAGUCCUUUUAUUCUUUGGAUACUCAUUCUAUCUCCUGCAUAUCCCACUUCCCCAUGACAUAUCCGACAGGUCGAAGUUGACAAUCGCUGAGUUUCUGAUGCGUCUUUCUAAUGAAUACUUAGGAGAUUUGAUCGAAAAUGUUUUUGGGCCAGAAGUUCGAAAUAAAGUUACCAGAUUUGUCAUGGGAGUAGGGUUCCUCAUCCCUACGUUGCCACCCAAAAGAAUGAUUAGAAAACGAAUAAGAAUCCAAGGAGUUAGCUGCAUUGCUUACGAAAUUGAGAAGCCACAAAAUGAUGGGUUGCUUAUUUUUAUUCACGGUGGUGGAUGGUGUGUGGGAGAAGCUCGUUAUUAUGAUGGAAUCAUGUACCAGCUUUGCGAACAAAUUGGGUGCAAUGGGAUAUCUAUUGACUACCGUCUCGCUCCAGAACACCCUUUUCCAGCCGGACUUGAUGAUUGCCAUGCGGUGGUAUCUGAAGUUUGCACAAAUGGAUUGUUGGACCUCCCUUUCAACAGAAAACGAGUCUUGAUUUCCGGAGAUAGCGCAGGAGGGAAUCUGGCUGCAGUUGUAUGUCAACGAUUGCAUCGGGAGAAGAAGGACAUCCUGAAGGGACAGAUUCUCAUCUAUCCAGUCACGCAUGUUUUCAAUUUCACUAGUCCGUCAUAUCAAGAUUAUUGGAAGUCAUAUGCUGGAACUGCACUGCUCAAUCCAAAGCAUAUGGCAAGAUGGAUUCUGUUAUAUCUUGGUAUUGAAGCAUCAAAAAAUAACAUCAAAAAGGUGAUGAAUUCUCAACAUGCACUACCUGAACUCGCAGAGCAGAAACCAUAUUCUCAAUGGCUUUACCAUCUAAACAAAAGGAAACCAGAAAAGCUGGUUGAUCAACAUCUUGCCAAACAGUUCAUAAAACUAGGAACUAAUCCAGACGUGUCACCAGUGUUUGGCGAUACUGAAGGAUUACCACCAGCGUUAGUGCUCACUGCGGGAUAUGACGUACUGAAAGACGAAGGAAUCCAAUAUGCGAACAAACUGAAAAAAUCUGGGGUUUCAACGGAGUGGCGUCAUUAUCCACGAGCAUUCCAUGGACUUUUCAACAUGCCUAACAGCAAAGAUCGAAAUGAAAUGAUGAAAGCAACUGUUGAUUUUGCAAAAUCAGUUAUCUAGAUCAAUGUCGUUACCAUUUUUCACAAUUUUAUCUGGUUUUUUACAUUUUAGAAUAUCAUGUAGUCGUUUAGUUGUCCCAUUUUUCAUUAUUUUUAACUUUCUCCCAGUCACUUUUACAUGGUCGUCCAAUCGGUGUUCUCAAUGCGCAAUCUAGUCAUUUGUUACCAAAUUGUUAAUUUUUCCUUUUCCUGCCUUUGCUUUUCCGCUGAAUAAAUUUUUAUUGAUU